AUGAUGAAAAUUGGGAAAAUUUAAUUUACUAACUGAAAAUAACAGGUUGUUUAUUCGUGUUUCAUUCAUUUUUAAUUUAUUACAAUAUACCAUGAGAAAACAUGCUUAAAUGCAUAUGCAUUACAUUUAAUAUCCACGAACCGUUGAUUGUUUUGUGUUUCCUGAUGACAUAGCAAUGGAUGUUCCUGCUCCAACUCCACAGGAUCUUCAGAGAAAACUUUAUUUUUUAGUAGAACAGCUUCAACAUAUGGCUGGUGAACUUCCUGCAAAAUAUCAAAUGCGUCUUCCGUAUGAAUUAUUAUCUGGUUUAGCUAAUUCUUUAUUAAAUGAUACAAUCUUUGAAAUUGUUAAAGGACUAAUGGAAAUUCAACAUGUUACGGAAAAACAUCUUUUCCAACAGCGUCUUCAAUUAUUGAACCAACAAAAAAUUGAAAUGCAAGAAUCCUUAUCAUCAAUAUCCACAGAAGAAGAAAGGACUGCAAUGAAAACAUCAUUAUACAAAAAACACAAGGAUGAAUUAAAACAACUGGAUAUGAAACUGGUCUUACAAUUAGAUCAAAAAGUAGCAGACCAACAAAGUAUUUUAGAAAAAGCUGGAGUACCUGGAUUUUAUGUCACAAAUAAUCCAAUAGAAAUCCAAGUACAAAUGAGACUGUGCGACUUUAUAAUUAGACUAAGCAAAAUGGAAGUUCCAAGUUAAUAUUAAUUGUAACAUAAAAAACUGUACAAAAACAA